AAUGAAUCCUUCGAACUUGACAAAUUUUCAAACAUCUCGUACAAGAGAUAGAUCUGCUCUGGCUUGUCGAGCAAAAUCUGGCCUUUUCAGUGAUAAAUAUAAGCAAGUAGAUUAUGAAAAGCUGAAAACUCUUGCAGCUGAGAAAAAAUUAGCUGGUCUUAAACAAUAUGAGAAGAUUAAACAACUGCAAAACAACAGUAUUGAAAAUAGGGAAAAUAACCAAAUGAAGCAGCAUAAAAGAGUCUGGCAAGCAGAAAUAGCAAGAUUAAGUUCUAAUAGGCGAGAAAUUGAACGUUCUUUAGACGUUUUUGUAAAUAAUUGCGAAGAAAAUAGCUUUUUUUUCUCUCAAAUUGAAAGUGAAUCAUUUAAAAUUGACGGUGAUUUCUUAAAGUUUAAAAGCGAAACUUCAGAUAGAAUAUGGGAGUUAAGGUUGGAAGAUGUUAAAUUUUGGUUGCAUGAGAAUCGUAACGUCAGAAAGGAUAAGGAGUAUAAAAGAGCACAUCGUGAUGUAACUGAAACUAUUGAAAAUGUUAGAAAGCAACAGCAAGAAGUCUUACUUAGGCUAGAAAAUAACUAUAAUAAAUUGCAAGCCGAAUUAGCAAGCCUUUCGAGUAACAUUCUAUUGUUUAUUGUGAUAAUAAAAGUUUUGGCUAAUGUAUUCUCAUUACUAGAUCCAUCUAAUCAAAAGUCUUAUUUAUCAAUGGCUGCUUUCGAAGGUAUACCGCAAGCAGCUUUUGAUCUGGAGUGCCCCAACUUAACUUUAAAAGCUGAAGUUUUAAAAGAAUUCAUAAUCAUUGACGAAAAAUACAAUGAGAAAUUGUCAGAGUUACAUGAUAGACUAAAUCUCUAUAUUAGUCAAGGAGAUACUGGAGGUUGGAAUACAGACGAACAUAUGAACUUUGUUCAUGUAAUUGAUCAAUACACCAGCGACCUACCGAAUAGAAGAACUUUAUAUAUGGAUAGGCUGAAGAGGCAGUUUCCCAAGAAAUCUCGAACGGACCUUGUUAAUCAUGAAUCUUGGUGGAUAGCUUACAAGUACUACUUGGAGAGGAAGAAGGCGUUAACUAAUGAUUGGAGUAGAGAUAGAAAAGAGUUGUUAAAUAAAGCCAAAGUAACAUUUGCGGAGGCAUGCGUCGUGUAUGAGCUAGAAACAAUGAAAGAUGCUUAUAAAGAAAAUCAAAGAGCUGUUUGUGAAGAGUUAUCAGAGAAAGUAAGGAAUUGGAGAGAAGAGAAAAUGGAGUUACUAAAAUUAGAACAACAGCACGCAAUGAACAAACAGAAAGAAAUCGAAGAGAAAAUGAAAAUAGAGGAAGAGAGAGAAUCAUUAAAACGUCAAGCUGAUAAGCAGAAAAUAAUAUAUUAUAAAGAAGAAAAAGAUAUCUUAAUGAAAGAAAGAAAGGAAGAAGAGGCGAGAAAAUUAGAAGAACUAAGAAAGCAUUUAUCAGAGCAGGCAGAAUAUGAUAGAGAACGUGUUAAAUUUAGGGAAGAUGUUUUCAAGGAGAAGCAGAAUAUUAAAGAAGAAAAAGAAAAAGAAAGACAAGCUGAUAUUGAAGAAAAAGAAAAGAUCUUGGAAAUAUUACGUCAAAAGGUUCGACCGACGGUCAAGGCCGACGGAGAGAGGCUGCGUGGGGAGACAAAGGCUUGGAAAGAGCAUUUACAAUCUAAUGAAGAGGCUUGUAUAAAACAACCGCUAUUCGAAUUAAAUUCCUUCACGUCCAAGCAAAUAACUAACGAUCCAAGAUUUAAGAUAGAGCAACAACUAAGAGACGCUGGCUUGCACAACAACGAUUAUGCUCGGAAACUAUUAGCUAAUGUUAAACCACCGCAAGAACCUCGUCGAGAUAUGACUUCAAACGUGUUCAAACAUUUAGAAGACAAUCAUAAAUAG